UCCACUGGCGACUGCCGAGGUGAAACCGCAAAUGCCUGCACGAGUCUGUCAGCAGCGCCUCCCAAGGCUGCAGAACUCGCCAUGACCGUCCGCGGGCUACACGCGAUCGCCGAUGAGCAAGCAACCCUCCCGCCGACGACGCCACCGUAGGGCACUCUUCUCGAUCCCAUCGCCGCCUCCUCCCCGGCGCUUCGUCCGAGACUCCGAUCGAUCCGAGACCCUUCGGUGUUCGUAUUGCUGGUGCAGCGGCGGCGGCAUCGCGCGCGCGCGCGGUUGGUAGAGAAUGCCGGCGCGGCGGAGUUGACGGAGUCCAAGCGGGAGCUGUCGCGAUGUACAGGGUGUCAGGUGCGCAUGCCCUCGAAUCUCUCAGCGGCGUAUCCCGCCGCUUCCAUCGCUUCCCUUCUCGGAACUGCAGACGCCAUCCUCCCGGCUCCCCACCAACCCUUCAAUCUGAUGCCUAAACGGCGGCCGCCAAUGAAUCGGCGGGAAUUUUAUGUAUGAGCUAGUCCCUUUGUUUGAAUUUUGUGCCGAGAAGUACCAGGAGCUGAGGUUCUGCCUGCGUGGCCUCUGUGUAAGGCCAUCGGCUCCUGCACCUAGUUUGUCAAACUCUGAUUUGUGGAUCGAAGCAGUAGUGGUGGUAUUGGCCUCAAUUGCGGGAUUGAGAAAGUUUAUCGAUCGUGUGGCUUGAGAUCAAACAACUCAUCCUAACGUUUUCCCGCCUUAAAAAAAUCAAAUUAUUUCUGGUUACAUAUGCGUUCUGCUAUCCUUGAAUUGUAUUUUGCUGUAAGUUUAGAAUGCUGCAAUUUUGUAGUUGUAAAUUCAUUUGUUUAUGGAUUAAACAUAGGACGCAUGAGAAUCUUUUUGUUUUCCAAUGCAUCUGCCUGCAACUUUUGGGCUCACUAGGUCCUUCUCAUUGCUUGGUUCCCAGUUAAAAAAACUAAAGCAUCAAUGCUGGUCCCCUGAGGAAAUUUGACCCUUGUUUUCUCGGUGAUCGUGGGGCUGAGUUGACUUGCUUGGUUAUAUUAGAUAUAAGGUGCACCAUGGACAUUGGAUAACGCAAUGCCAUCACGCUUCUGAUGUUAUUGAUCUCCAGUAAGUACUAAGGGUGAUGGCACUUGGCGCUUCAUCAGACGUGUGGAUUUCAGAAGUGACCAUGCUAACUCCUUUCAUUCGGCCACUGAUUGCAAAAUAUUUACCUUUGGAAAGCAAGGAUGUGCAAUGCUACAACAUGAUGCUGCUUCUUGUGCUCAAUAUGCCCAAGAUCUCUGACAUUCAUCUCUAUAUUUCCCUUUACAUGUCCAUGCUCUUGGAAGUUUCAUCCUCAAUCCUCAUAUUCUUUCCAAGAAAAACUACAAAAGGAUAUUUGUGAUGAGCUUCUGCAAGACAGUGGUGACAUAAAGUCUUGAUAUAUUCGUGACUUGACAGAAAAAUCAAUUUCAUUUUCCUUUUUUUCCCAUCCUGUGUGACUCGUGAACUAAGGCAAAAUUGACUAGGUAAUUCAGUUGUAUACUGACUGUCAUCAUCCAAUGCUUGAGGUACUGUAAAACUUCUUUAUUACUUUAUUUCAAUUUCUUAGUGUCUUGAUUUAUAUGGUAUAUGAGCCUGUAAGUUGUAACCUGAACAAAGGAAUCAAUCUAGUUGUGAGCAGCCUGUUGAUUCAAGAGGGAAAUCCUAAGCAGGAAGGAAGGUAUAAGUAACUGCAGGAAAGAAGGAAGUCACCCGAGUUCUCCUGAGAUCACCACAAGACCCAUCUGGGAAGAAAAGACAAGAAUGAAGUACAGAAGAAGCAAAGCCCUCCUCUACGUCUAAUUUUCUUACUUCAUUUUCCAUUUGCAGUAAUGCAUAGCUCUUUGCUCUACUUAUAGAGGAUUCGUACACCAGCUUGGCUCCAGAAUUACAAAGCGGGGAAAGAACUUUGAAAAGCGAUGGCUGUCCCACAAGUUGACAAGAAAAUGCUUGGUGAACUUGAAGCCAUGGGAUUCCCAACUGUUCGUUCAAUUAGGGCACUCCAUUUCUCAGGUAAUUCCAAUCUUGAAUCUGCUGUAAACUGGCUUCUGGAACAUGAAAGUGACCCAGAUAUUGAUCAGCUACCAUUGGUUCCAAGAGAAAUCAACAUUGAAUGUGGUGACACAGCAACUGAAGUAAGAAAUGACGUCCAAGGAAUGAGGGAUAGCAUGCAGGAGCAGAAACCGGAAGAACGGACUGAAACUGGAAGACAGAAUGAGACAUCCCAGUUGGAACCAGAACUAAAUGCAGAUGAACAGGAGGAAGGAGAUAGAAAGAGGAUAUUAGCACUAUAUAAGCAAAAAAGAGAUGAGGAAGGAAGAGCAAGAGGGAGAAUACGAAAUCAAAUACAGGAGGACCAGAGGGAGAGGAUUCGAGCUGCUAAAGAUCUUAUGGAAGCAAAGCGAACUCUUGAGGAAAAUCAAAGAAAGCGGUUUGUUUCAUAUGCAUGUCACAUUUGCUAUUUGCAGAUCCGAAUUGCUUAUUGGAGAAGUGAUAUUUUUGUUUACUGCAGCAUGAUGGAAAGUCGGAUAGCAGAUCAAGAGGAGGAGAAAAGAGCAAGGGAGAGAAUACGACAACGUAUAGCAGAUGAUAGGGCAGAGAGGAGGAGAAGGCUUGGUUUGCCACAGGAAAAUCCUGAGGCUUCAGUUGCGACCAUAACGCCCAUAAAGGUAAAACCUGUUGAACGUGUUGUAACAUCAGAACAACUGAGAGAUUGCCUGCGAACUCUGAAGAAGAAUCACAAGGAUGACAAUGCCAGAGUCACAAGAGCUUACCAAAUACUGUUGAAGAUUAUUGCCAACAUAGUGAAGAACCCAGCAGAGGAAAGGUUCAGGAGGAUUCGUCUCAGCAACCCCAUUUUCAAGGACCGGGUGGGUAACCUGCAAGGAGGUAUAGAAUUCCUGGAGCUGUGCGGGUUCCAGAGGCUCAGCGCCAGCGGCUACCUGGUGAUGCCGAGGGACAAGAUCGACGUGGCGCUCCUCAACGCCGCCGGAGUCGAGAUCGCGUCGGUCAUGGAGAACCCCUACUUCGGGCUGCUCUCCAAGUGAACGGAACGGCCAUUUGUCGCUGCCUCAUCACUUGGAGCGGCUCGUCUAGUCGUCCGGAAUCAUGGUACUGAAACGGGGUGUAUUCAUCACCGAACGGACUUCGCCGUAACGUAUCGGUCCGUCACGGUUGACAGAAUCUGUCCCUGUUGUCAGUGCCGUUGUACAGAGUCAGUCACCCCGUCCAAAACAGAAACAGAGCAAAAUGUCCACGAAGUGAAAUAAACAAUCUCACCCGGAGGAAAUCAAACGCACCGUGUACAAAUGCAAUGGCGUAGGAGAUGUUGCAUUGUAUGUUUUUUUUUUAAAAAAAACUCGUGUUCCUCA